UCCAGCGAAGAAGAAGUAGUUCCGUAACGUCCACCGCCGGUGAACCUCAGAAGACAUGAAGAGCUCUGUGUCCGGAGGUUCGGUGGCGUUUUACCGCUUGUUUGUCUUCGUCUGUGCCGUAAACGUGGCGUGGGCUCAAAUCUACUCUGCGCUCUAUGAUGAGAAAACAUCCCGUCUGUUUCUGAGAGACGGACUUCAGCCGGACUCUGUCGCUGUCGCCAACUUCACUGACCGCAUCAGUGACACGGGGUGGGCGUAUCUGGAGGUCAGCACCAGCGGUGGGUAUAAUGACACGCUGCAGGCGUACGCUGCUGGAGUCGUGGAGGGUGCCGCCACCUCUCAGCUCAUCUACAAGCACUGGAUGAACACCCUGAUGGGUUACUGCGGCCCGUUCUCUCCCGAUGUGAGCUACUGCCAGAGGCUCAAGGACUACAUCACCACCAACCUGCAGUGGCUCUCGCAGCAGAUGGAGGCUCACGCAGACGCCCCCUACUGGCAUCAGGUGCGUUUGUCUUUGCUGCAGCUGCAAGGCCUGGAGGAUGGAUACAAUGGGCAGAUUGAUUUUCCGUCUGGAAGUCUUUCCAUCAAACCCUUUGGCUUCCUCCUUUUCCAGAUGGGUGGAGACCUGGAGGACCUGGAGGCGGCGCUGAACAAAUCCAGUCAGUCUCGUGCUGUAGGCUCCGGCUCCUGCUCGGCUCUGAUCAAGUUCCUCCCGGGCCGCAAGGAUCUACUGGUGUCUCAUGACACCUGGAACAACUACCAGUCCAUGCUGAGGAUACUGAAGAGAUAUAGCUUUACUUACCGCACGUCUCCAGCAGGAAAGGAGAUUAUUCCUGGCAGAAUCCAGGUGUUUUCCUCCUAUCCUGGCAGUAUUUUCUCAGGAGAUGACUUUUAUUUGCUCAGCAGUGGACUGGUAACUUUGGAGACCACUAUCGGCAACAGUAACGCUGAGCUGUGGAGAUUCGUCCGGCCCCGCGGGGCUGUCAUGGAGUGGCUGAGGAACAUUGUGGCCAAUCGACUUGCUCAAACCGGUCAAGAAUGGACUGAUAUCUUCAGCAAGUACAACAGCGGAACGUACAACAAUCAGUGGAUGGUGAUCGACUACAAGCUCUUUGUCCCGGGCCAGGAGUACACAAAACAAGGGCUUUUCACAGUUUUAGAGCAAAUACCUGGAAUGAUCAUAACAGCGGACAAAACUAAGGAGCUGUUUGAGACGGGCUACUGGGCCAGCUACAAUAUCCCGUACUUCGAGGAGGUGUUCAACGCGAGCGGAGGGCCGGAGCUGGUUCAGAAAUACGGAUCCUGGUUCUCCUUCAGCGACAAUCCGAGAGCGCAGAUCUUCCGCAGAAACCAGACUCUUGUUUACGACUUGGACUCCAUGGUGCGUCUGAUGAGGUAUAAUAACUAUGCGGAGGACCCUCUGUCACGCUGUGAGGGCUGUGACCCCGCCCAGAACGGGGAGAACUCCAUCUCGGCCCGCUCGGACCUGAACCCUGCCAACGGCUCGUAUCCGUUCGGGGCUCUGCAGCAGCGGCCUCACGGCGGCACGGACAUGAAGGUGACUAGCGCGGCCAUGUUCAGCCGGCUGGAGCUGGUGGCCGUCAGUGGACCCACAUGGGAUCAGGUGCCCGUCUUCCAGUGGAGCAGCUCACCCUUCAGCACUCUCCUGCACAUGGGUCAUCCAGACCGCUGGGCUUUCCGGCCCGUCCACAUCAGGUGGUCCAGCUCUGACCGGCCCUGACCAUCCACACGAAGACCCGCCUGCUUCAAAUACUAAGAAGCCAGUGUUUUGAUUUAAGACUGUUCUGUGUCUGUGGAACGACAACCAAUCAAGAUGUUCUGAUUGUUCUGCUGCUGCUUUGAAUUUUAAAUCUUGCACAUGAAAAAGAUGCAAAUUGUAUAAUUGUAUAUCCAGAUCAUGGGCAUUGUUAUAUUUUCUAAAAUGUAAAAUUGAGAAUUAAUUUUUUUAAAAUAAAAUUUACUGUAAAAACAAAG